AUGGAUGUAGUAGGUUGUGCCUUAGACUCAUUAGCUGCUGUCUUCCCUCUUGCUGCAGACACCACAAAUUGUGCGGUGUCUCCGCAGCAAAAAGCCCCUGCAGCAGCAGCAACGGCAGCAACAGCAGCAACAGCAGCAGCAGCAAACUCUGCAGCAGAGGAGACACAAACAGGACAGCCGCUGCAGCGCCAGCUGUCUCCUGAUCUUGCCUGGUGGGCCCUUCCCCCUAACUACGACACACAGGAGCAGCAGCAGCAGCAGCAACAGCAGCAACAGGAGGAGGAGCAGCAGCAACAGCAGCAGCAAGAAAAACAGCUAAAUAAGAGAGAGGAAGACACACACCACCAACAAGCCACCUGGGGAGACUCCAACGAUCUACAGCAGCAGCAGCAACAACAGCAGCAAGAAGAGCAGCAGCAGCAGCAGCAAGAGCAGCAGCAGCAGCAAGAGCAGCAGCAGCAGCAAGAGCAGCAGCAGCAGCAAGAGCAGCAGCAGCAGCAAGGGAGAACAGAAGCAAAUGCACUAAAAGUGCCUGGCAGAGAUGCAGCAGCAGCAGCAGCACUAAAGGACAUCUUGUGGCCUUUGCGCUGCGAGCAGCAGCAGCAGCAGCAGCAGCAGCAACAGCAGCACCAAAAGCAGCAACACCAGCAGCAACUGCACCAGGAAAAGCAGCAACAACAGCAACCGCAGCAGCAGCAGCAGCAGCAGCAGCAGCAGGAGUUUCCGGUGUAUAGGCAGCAGCAGCCGCUAACAGCAGCAUCAGUUAAUUCAAUUGCUGCUGCUGCAGCAGAAGCAGCAGUAACAGCAACAGCAGCAACAGCAACACGCCACCAACAGCAUCAUGCAGCUGCUGCUGCACUCAAGAUAGCAGCUCCUAGCAGCAGCAGCAACAGCAGCAGCAACAGCAGCAGCAACAGCAGCAACAGCAGCAACAGCAGCAGCAACGGCAGCUUAAUUUCUGCUAAAGAUGGAGAGGCGUGGACACCCCAAACACAAGCCAGUGCUGAGGGAGACAGACCUGAGCAGCAGCAGCAGCAGCAGCAGCAGCAUCAACAGCAGCAACAGCAUCAACAACAGCAGCAGCAGAAGCAGCAGCAGCAGGAAGGAGACAGCUCAAUCCCUGCUGUGUCGUCUAUCCAUUGGCCUCGCGCUGUUUUUCUUGAGGAGAGAGCAGCAGCAGCAGGAACACCAGCAGCAGGAACACCAUUAGGACCAGCAGCAGCAGCAGCAGCUCCUGCUGCUGGUGCUGCUGUUGCUGCUGGUGAUACUAAUGGGUGUAUGUCUUUAGUAAAUGGAUCUGCUGACAGCAGCAGCAGCAGCAGCAGCAGCAGCAACUUGCUGAUGGACGAGCUGUGCAUGAUUGCAUGCAUCUGCUGCAGCAACAGCAGCAGCAGGUGCAGCAGCCGGGGCAACGGGGCCACCCGCCGCAGCCACAAGAGCAGCAGCAGCAGCAGCAGCAGCAGGAACAGCAGCAGCAACAGACGUGCCUCUGACCAGGCAGUGUUGGUGGUCCCUGGGGACAGUGACGGCACAUGGCUGCUGCAGCACAGCAGCAGCAACAGCAGCAGCAGCAGCAGCAGCAGCAACAGACACGCUAGAUCUAUACAUUCCUUUGAGACCCCUUACUUCAAAGGAUCGUUGCUGGUCUGCGCUGCUGGGGUUGGCGGUAUGAAGGAUUGUGGUUUAGGUGCCCCUAAGGCAACAAUGAGGGUUUUUAUUCAGGGGCGCUUCCUUCAUCCAUGGAGACUAGGGGAGGUUUUAUCCGGACAAGUGUUUAGUAAACCCUUGCAACAUCUUCCUCCUCGAUGGAUUGUCUCCUUGGGUAUUCAAGUUGUUAAAACUAUCACAGAACUUAUACAGGCAAGGGAGGACAUUUGCUCGGAAGAAGAACCGUACUUUCUUUCUCCUCUUGUUUGCCUUGCAGACAAAAUUAAUGUUGUAGAGUAA